GUUUUCCUUUUGAUCGAGGAUCGAAGAAAAAAAGAAAAAAAUACGUACAUACAUAUAUACACACAUACAUACAUACAUACAUAUAUACAUACAUAUAUCGUCCAGUGUGCAUUUUAUAUUUUACUUAUGAUGUUCCGAAGUUUACGUGGUGUGUUCAAAAUGGUGGCCUUAGCGUUAAUGCAAUAACGAAAAGUUCUCAUAAUAAAUGAUUUAUAUCAAUUUUCUAUUUUCUGCAAUGUAAUAUCGAAGCACAUUAAUGCCAUUACAGUAAUACGUUUCAAUCUCUUAUAAUCCUCUAAAUUCUUCGUCGUAUCUUGAUUGUAUAUGAUAAAUUACUUUUUUUUUUUUUUUGUUUUUUUUUUUUUUACGAUAUAAAAGUAGAGAAAUCAUUAAUCGUGUGUGCGUUAGUCCUUCGAGUAAAAACAAACUGGCUAUCUCACAAUUUUCCUUCAUUAUCAAUUCUAUUCUUCUCUGAAGAAAUUAUUUGUCUAUCUAUCUAUCUAUUUGUUGUUCUUUACGUUAUUAUAUGAAAUGACAAAACUGGACACCUUACGUAUUAAAAACACAUACUUUAUUGGAUAUAUUUAAUAGUAUAUCUUCUAUAAAUGACAUGAUAAACAAUUUGACGAAGAAAUUCAGCAGACUUAUGUCCUGCGAAUAUUCCUCGUAUAUAUAUAUAUAUAUUUAUAUAUUUAUAUAUAUAUAUAAUAGUACGAUAAUACGACUAUGUUAUAUAUACGUUAGAAGAGGAGAUAAAUUUAAGGAUAUUAGAAAAUAUUCAUUGAAUAUAUCUUGAGAUCAGAGAGAACGGAAUAAAUAACGUUAUUGUAAGCGGUUGAAUUUGUCAUUUUAUUCUCUAUUAAAAUAUAGAGAGAGAAGAAAAAAAAUAUAUAUAGUUCCAUUCGAAAAAGGAAAGAAAGAAAAAAAAAAGAAAAAAAAACGAAACUAACAUAAGAUUCGACGAUCUUUUAAAAUUUCGUAGAAAAGAAAAAAAGGGAAAAGGAAAGGAAGAAACGGGAAAAGAAGUGAUCUUGAGAACAUUUUUUUUUUUUUUUUUUUCCUAUCGUUACAUGUAUCCCCUUUAGAAUAGUAUAUAUUUUUCCUACAAAGUUUUUUCAUACGAUUAUGAAUAACGAAGAUAAAUAUUUAGAUAUUCCUAAAUAGUAGAAUAAAUAUAAUAUUGAAUAUAAUUGUUCUUUGUAAUUAUAACAAUGAAAUAAUUGUUACACAAGUGUAAAUUGUUUAUACAGUUAAGUAUAUUUCAAGCGCUUGUUGUAAAACACAUUUUCGCACGCUUUUAAUUUCAAUUGCAAUUGAAUCAUUGAGGAUAUAUAUAUAUAUAUAUAUAUAUAUAUAUAUAUUUGUAUAUGUAUAUAUAUUUACAAUUACCUUUCAAAAAGCAAAACGUAUUUUACGUUUUGCAUAUGGUCGAUUAAAAAAAACAAAAAUACAUAAAGAAAAAAAAUUUCAUAUCAAAGUCACGGCGGAGCGCAAUUAUUGAUUAUAAUAAUUUUUGCGAAAUAUAAUUUUAAAUCGAAUUAGAAGAAUUUGUAUUAAAUCUUGUUCCUCGGCUUCAAGCUCGUUAACAUAUUUUGUGAAUAAACAUCAUAUAUUGAUACAUAUUGGAUAUCUGAAACAUUAAUACUUGUAUUACAUAUAAGGAAUGUAUAGUUCGCGAUUGAGUCUAAGGAUAUUUAAUCAUUGAAUUAAUAUGUUUAUAAUAAGAGACAAUUUUUACAAAAAUACUUUUCUUAUGAUAACAUUGAUGCAUGAUAUUCCAAGAUUUUCCAGCUGAAUUUCCUUAAUAUAUUUUCUAAAUAGAAAUAAAUAUGUCGCUCGAAUUUGGGCCAUAUAAAGCUUCGUUAAAAUGUUUUUUACGAGUAGAGUUGUAACAAUGAAGAGAAAAAAGAAAACAAAAAUAAUGAGAAAAAAUUUUUCUCCUGACUAAUAUGAUGCAAAAUAAAAAUCAUUAUAAUCGAUUAUUAUCGUCAGUCCAUUUCGAAGUGUGUCGAUUAAGAUUAUGUGACGUCAUCGUUUCGUUCGAUAUGUUUCGUAAAAGAACCGCAGAGUGGCGCUAAUGUCUAUCGUAUACAAAGAUGGCUGCCACCCCCACGAGGUAUCAUUUAAAGCGUGCUCGUGUUUAUUGAUGUAUCUCGAUCGGUAUAAACAUUGAGGUUAGAAAAAUGGUACUAAGUAAAAUAUUUGUACGAAAUCGUGCACUUGGUUACGUUAGUAAUCAUAUACCCGUGAUAACUAGAUAUAUUCAAAGAAGAAAAGAAAAUCUUUUGGUUACUUGCGUUGGAAAAGAAUUUCAUACUUAUGGAUGUGCACAUUUUACUCUUCUCAGUGUAUCCGGAACUCAUCCUGACGAUAUAACUUGUUUAUCUGCAGACACAUAUCACAUUUAUACCGCCGCAAAAAAUAUUAUAUAUGCAUGGAGAAGAGGUACGGAAUUAAAACAUGUUUACAAAGGUCACGAAUAUUCUGUACAUAUUAUAUUACCUUUUGGACCACAUUUAAUUUCCGUCGAUGAGUAUAGUAAUGUUAAAGUUUGGGAUAUAAAAACAGAAGAAUUAAUAUUGGAAUUGAACUUUUCUAAUGAAAUAUUUCAAAUAACUACAUUGAUACAUCCCAUUACUUAUAUGAACAAAGUUUUGUUUGGUAGCCAACAAGGAUAUUUACAAUUGUGGAAUUUAAAAACGACAAAGAUGAUUUAUACUUUCAAAGGAUGGAAUAAUACUAUUACCGCUUUAGAGCAAGCACCUGCGAUAGAUGUUGUAGCUGUAGGUCUAUCCGAUGGAAGGAUUAUGUUGCAUAAUCUUAAAUAUGACGAAACGAUCUUUGAAUUGAUUCAAGAUUGGGGUGCUGUAAUAUCUAUAACAUUUCGUACCGAUGAUCAUCCAAUUAUGGCUACGGGAAGUUUAAAUGGACAUAUUGUAUUUUGGAAUCUCGAGCAAAGAAAAGUUGAAAGCCAAUUGAACAAAGCUCAUUUUGAUUCUGUAACAGGUUUAAAAUAUCUACCGAAUGAACCAUUAAUGGUUUCAUCCUCGCCUGAUAAUUCAUUAAAAUUAUGGAUUUUUGACUUGGCCGAUGGUGCUGGAAGAUUAUUGAAAAUAAGGGAGGGACAUUCGUUGCCACCUACGAUCGUUCGUUUUUAUGGCAACAAUAGCGAUAAUAUAUUAACUGCAGGAGGUGAUUCAUCGCUUAGAAUAUUCUCUACUAUUACCGAAACAUUUAAUAAAAGUUUAGGAAGAGCUUCUUUUAAUAGAAAAGCUACUAAAAAGAAAGGUAGAUCGAUAGAAGAUCCAAUGAUAAUGCCUCCAAUAAUAAAUCUGUCUUUUGAAAAAACUAGAGAAAAGGAAUGGAGCAAUAUAGUAGCUUCUCAUGCGGGUUUAGGCACAGUUACUACAUGGUCUUAUGAUUUAUUAAAGAUGGAUAAUCAUAAAUUAUUACCAGAAAGAUUUAAAAAUAAUCGUAAUGCUAUGGCAACUUGUUUGUGCCUUACAAAAUGUGGUAAUUUCGUUGUUAUUGGAUAUAAUACUGGUCAUGUAGAUCGAUUUAAUGUACAAUCAGGUAUUCAUAGAGCCAGUUAUGGCAAUGAAAGUGAAGCGCAUAAAGGUUCGGUAAAAGGUGUAAUAGUAGACGCUUUGAAUCAAACCGUUAUUACAGCUGGAAGGGAUUGCUUUAUAAAAUUUUGGAAUUUUAAAUCUAAAAAUGAUACAGGACCAAGGACUAUAAUAACGCUACCAGAAUCGAUAGAAUGGUUACGGUAUCACAAUGAAAGUACUUUCAUGGCCGUUGCAUUGGAAGAUUUCUCAGUGAUUUUAAUUGAUUUAGAUACUAAAAAAGUAAUGAGACAUUUUCACGGACAUAAAGGACAAUUGACAGAUGCAUCAUUCAGUCCAGAUGCAAGAUGGUUAAUCACAUCUUCUAUGGAUUGUACAAUAAGGACUUGGGAUAUUUUAUCUUCUCAUUUAAUAGAUGUAUUUCAAGUUCCAGAUGCGUGUAUAUCUCUACAUUUUUCUCCUACUGGAGAAUUUCUUGUCACAUCUCAUAUGUGUAAUUUGGGAAUAUAUUUGUGGUCAAAUCGUACCAUUUAUUCUCAUGUAUCCUUAAAAGCUAUAAGGGAAGAGGAUGUAAUACCUAUAAUUAAUCUUCCUAGUUCUAUAGUGGAAGUUAAUCGACAAGAUGACGAAGACAUUAUUGAAGAUGAAUCAGAAUAUAUUUCUCCGGAACAGCUUAAUGAAAAUCUAAUUACGAUAUCCGCUUUGGCACAAUCCAGAUGGUUAAAUUUGCUUAACAUAGAUAUAGUUAAGAAAAGAAACAAACCUAAGGAGCCACCUAAAGCUCCAGAAAAGGCACCUUUCUUUUUACCAACUAUUCCCUCGUUAGAUAUUAAAUUUGAUUUUUCAGAUUUAAAAGAUCCUAUGAACGCUGAAAAAUUACGAUCUCAUAAAGAUUUUCAAAAUUUAACAAUAUUUGCCAAAUUAUUAUAUUCUACUGCUACAAAUGAACAUUUCUUAGAUGUUAUAAAUAAAUUAAAAUCUAUGAGUCCAAGUUCCGUCGACUUUGAAAUUCAAUCUCUUUCCUCGGAAGAAAAUAGUACAAAAUCAUUGUUACUUCAGUUUAUGAAAGUCUUGUGUUAUAUGAUGGAACGUAAAAUUGAUUUCGAAUUGACGCAAGCAUAUCUAGCAGUAUUUUUAAAAUGGCAUGGUCAAACAAUAUCUGAAACUGAGGAAUUGAGAGAUAACUUAGAAAAAAUAGAAGAUUUACAAUUGAAAAACUGGUUUAUACUUAGAGAAAAAUUAUUCUAUAAUCUUAGUGUUGUACAGACUAUUAAAAAAAUGUAAUAUAAAUAAAGUUUAAGAAAUUUGUAAUUUUUUUUUUUUUUUGUACAUAUCAUUAAAUUUUUACUAUUAUUACUUUGUAGAAUUGUUCGAAAAAAAUAAACAAAAAAAAAGUCCUUUGUUAAAUGUAUAUAAUCAUCGAAAAUGUAACGCGCAAUGUAAAUACAAAUAUAUCAUGAUAUUUGUUUGUUUUUUUUUUUUUUUUAUCAUUACAGUUCUAUAAAAUAAAAAGAUCAUAGAAAUAUUAUAUAUAUUAUUCUUUGUAAUUAAGAAAAGGUUGUAAAUGUUCUAUCAUUGUAGAUUCAAGUUUCAAAUCAUUAAUGUAAUUUUCAAAACCCGUUGUAAUUCUGUACAAACUACGUUUACUCGCACUUCUUAAUGAAUUAAACAUCUGUUUGAUACAUCUAUCGCUA